AUGUCGUCUUCUCCAGAGGAAAAGAUUCAGGAAGUAAUCAACUACGUAAUAAUGAAAGAACCAAAGUUGUCACCCAACGAGGUCGAGUUUCUGGUGCGGCUGGACAUGCAAUACUCGGGAUUGAAUCCGCUCUCCACCUUGCUUUCCGACGAAGAUUUGGCUCACACGGUGCACUUGGACGUGAUCAGCUCCAAGAAAAUCAACAUGCUAGCCAUGAAAACGCAGGCGGAGUACCAAAUGCACGUUCUGAAGAGCCAGAAGGAAAUCACAGGGUGGCUGAAUGGCGAGUUGGAGAGGAUGCUGCGGAACCUCUUGGAACAACUGGCAGAGGACAAAGAUCGUCAUGAAAAUAAGGCCUUCUAUUGCACCUUGGCUGACAUUUUCCUGCAUACUUUCACGUUGAAAAACUACGUUUUUGAUGAGGUACGGACAUCCCUUGAGACUCUGAUGCCCCGGACUGACCUGAAAAAGUUUUUCCGGCUCGAGAUUGAAGAGCAGCUUGACACAGUGAAGGCCCUGUUCAAACGCGCCCUUGGAAGCAUUUUGCUUUUCAACCCUGAAGGUCGAGUGGCUGCUGAACUGACCGGUAUGUACCUGGCCUUGUAUGACCUUCAGGUGCUGCUGACGGCGGAGUUGGAGAGCGACCUGGAUGAUUCAGGAAUCUACAUCAAACUUAUCCAAGCCUUGCUCGAUGGUCACCAACUGUCCGGUGCCUUUGACUCGGUCUUUGCACAAUCGCACGCCCUCCUCACCUAUCACCUUCAGAUGGAAAUCAUCCUCGGUCAGAUGCUCAGGAAGAUUCUUUGUUCCAAGGCCAGGCUGGAAAUUCUUGAGUUCAGGGUCGACACUGUAAGAAGUGAGCUCGUGCUCGACCAGUCACAUCACGCGACUGGAGACGCACCCGACAGCAUGUUGGUCAAUCUGCACGAACUGGGACAAGCUUUCACCGACAUUUACUGCGAGUACCUGGCCCUGAGCAACAUCAACUGCGUCUACGAGAGACUUAAAAAAAUUGGCGAACAAAUUUUCAACUCUCUGCACGAGGAGACUUUUUCGCAGAUUUUCGAAAAAUACCCAGAGACGCCUCUGACUGACGAAUGCCAAUCGUGCAUUGCGAGUCCCAAAACGUGUCAGUCGCCACUGAUUGCUGCUAUUUAUGACGCUGAAUGGGUGCCCGUCAAUCCAGAAUUACCCUUGGCAUUGAACGGCAUCUGCGUGGUUUCAGUGCUGGACAAGCACUCGUACAUCAAGAAGGGUGACCUGUCCCUGGGCCUCUGCAAGUGGAGGGACCAAUUCUACACCCUGAGCUCACCUGAGGCCAUGGAUGAAUUUGGCAAGAACCCUCGCAAGUACGCAGAUGUGGUCCACCGUGCUGGACACAAACGUCCAGAGCUGAUUCUCCUGCUGGACAUGCAGGAUCAGUUUCCCGCCCUGGAGAGGCUGAAGACACUACGGCGCCCCAUCCACAUGAUGACCAGCGAAAAAGCGAGCAGGGCAAGAGCCGAACGACUGCCUAUGAAGGAGGAGUGGAACGACGCCUGGAGCGAGUGGGACAAACCUCAUGUUCUGGAUACGCAGUACGAGACGAAGAACAUCGGGGCUCACCCGUCGAACAUCCAGAGGGACAGGGAGACGCAGUGUGCACCUAGGGUAGACUCUGAAGCCCAGACGAUGAGUGACGUCUGCGUUAACACUGACCGUCCAGCUGUCCCGCUACCGAGACUGGUCAGCCACGUUGCCAAAUCCUCCAAGGAAGAGGCCAGUUUUGAGGAUUUAAAAGAGGAAGUUGAGGAGGAGUUUGGGAUUAAACGACACUUUGAAGAAUGA